AUGGCAGGAGAAUUACUUCAAAAAGCAGAAUAUUUAUUAAGAAUGGGUUUACACCCAAGUGAAAUCAUUCAAGGUUAUGAAAUUGCUAGAGAUAAAGUUUCAGAGAUCUUGCAAGAGUUUUGCAUAGAAUCUGUAAAAGAUUUGAAAUCACCAAAAGAAUUAUCAAAAGCUGUCAAAACUACAAUAUCAUCAAAACAAUAUGGCAAUGAAGAUAUACUUACACCAUUGGUAAUUGAAGCUGCACAUCUUGUAAUGCCAAAAAAUCCUCAAAAUUUCAAUGUUGAUAAUAUUAGAGUGGUGAAAGUUAUGGGUAGCAGUAUUCAUGAGAGUAGGGUGGUCAAGGGUAUGGUAUUUGGUCGUGAACCAGAAGGAAUUGUACGUAAAGUUAAUAAUGGAAAAAUCGCUGUCUUCACUUGUCCUUUGGAUUUGACACAGACCGAAACAAAAGGUACGGUUUUGAUUCAUAAUGCUAAAGAAAUGUUAAAUUUUACUAAAGGUGAAGAACAUCAUAUGGAAAAG